GCAGGAUGGGUGAUGCUGAGAGCUGCCUGUUCAGACAACAGACACGCGAGGUCAGGAAGAAGCUGCUUAUAAAUUACCGCUUCCUCUGCGCCGCCGCCAGCGCCAGCCUCACGGCCCCGGCCACAGCCACGCUCCUCUGCCCAAGCCGAGCCGCGAGCCCCGGGACCUCCGAGCCUGAGACGCUCCAGGAGUCCGUGCCGAGCGCACCCGCCACGGGCCCGACGCAGCCGAGCCCCGCGCAGCCGGGCGGGUUCCGUGCCGCGGCCACUCAGGUUGAGAACCAGAACCACAGCCCUUUGUGAGUCGCCUUCAACAUAGAGUGAGGAGAUGGCCACCAAGGAGAAGCUGCAGUGUCUGAAAGACUUCCACAAGGACAUCCUGAAGCCUUCACCAGGGAAGAGUCCAGGAACCCGGCCUGAGGAUGAGGCUGAGGGAAAGCCCCCCCAGCGGGAGAAGUGGUCCAGCAAGAUCGACUUUGUGCUGUCUGUGGCCGGGGGCUUCGUGGGCUUGGGCAACGUCUGGCGUUUUCCGUACCUCUGCUACAAGAAUGGUGGAGGUGCGUUUCUCAUACCGUAUUUUAUUUUCCUGUUUGGGAGUGGCCUACCUGUGUUUUUCCUGGAAGUCAUCAUAGGCCAGUACACCUCAGAAGGGGGCAUCACCUGUUGGGAGAAGAUCUGCCCCUUAUUCUCUGGCAUUGGCUAUGCGUCUGUUGUCAUAGUGUCCCUUCUGAAUGUGUACUACAUUGUCAUCCUGGCCUGGGCCACAUACUACCUGUUCCAGUCCUUCCAGAAAGAGCUUCCCUGGGCCCACUGCAACCACAGCUGGAAUACCCCUCACUGCAUGGAGGACACUAUGCGCAGGAACAAGAGUCUCUGGAUCACCAUCAGCUCUACCAACUUCACCUCUCCUGUCAUCGAGUUCUGGGAGCGCAAUGUGCUCAGCUUGUCCCCUGGAAUCGACCACCCGGGCUCUCUGAAAUGGGACCUCGCCCUCUGCCUUCUUUUUGUCUGGCUUGUCUGUUUCUUCUGCAUCUGGAAGGGCGUCAGAUCCACUGGGAAGGUUGUCUACUUCACAGCCACUUUCCCCUUUGCCAUGCUUCUGGUGCUGCUGGUCCGUGGGCUGACACUGCCUGGUGCUGGUGCAGGCAUCAAAUUCUACCUGUACCCCAACAUUACCCGCCUGGAGGAUCCACAGGUGUGGAUUGACGCGGGAACCCAGAUAUUCUUCUCCUAUGCCAUCUGCCUGGGGGCCAUGACUUCACUGGGGAGUUACAACAAGUACAAGUACAACUCGUACAGGGACUGUAUGCUGCUGGGAUGCCUGAACAGUGGUACCAGUUUUGUGUCUGGCUUCGCAAUUUUUUCCAUCCUGGGCUUCAUGGCACAAGAGCAAGGGGUGGACAUUGCUGAUGUGGCUGAGUCAGGUCCCGGCUUGGCCUUCAUUGCCUACCCGAAAGCUGUCACGAUGAUGCCGCUCCCCACCUUCUGGUCCAUCCUGUUCUUUAUUAUGCUUCUCUUGCUUGGACUGGACAGCCAGUUUGUUGAAGUCGAAGGACAGAUCACAUCCUUGGUUGAUCUUUACCCGUCCUUCCUAAGGAAGGGUUAUCGUCGGGAAAUCUUCAUCGCCAUCGUGUGUUGCAUCAGCUACCUGCUGGGGCUGACGAUGGUGACGGAGGGUGGCAUGUAUGUGUUUCAACUCUUUGACUACUAUGCAGCUAGCGGUGUAUGCCUUUUGUGGGUUGCAUUCUUUGAAUGUUUUGUUAUUGCCUGGAUAUAUGGCGGUGAUAACUUAUAUGAUGGUAUUGAGGACAUGAUCGGCUACCGGCCUGGGCCCUGGAUGAAGUGCAGCUGGGCUGUCAUCACUCCAGUCCUCUGUGCUGGAUGUUUCAUCUUCUCUCUUGUCAAGUAUGUACCCCUGACCUACAAUAAAGUCUACGUGUACCCCACCUGGGCCAUUGGGCUGGGCUGGAGCCUGGCCCUGGCUUCUAUGCUGUGUAUCCCAUUGGUCAUCCUCAUCCGCCUCUGCCAGACAGAGGGGCCGCUCCGCGUGAGAGUCAAGUACCUGCUGACCCCCAGGGAGCCCAACCGCUGGGCUGUGGAUCGUGAGGGGGCCAUGUCCUUCAACUCCCACUCCACCCUCAACAUGAACGGCGCUCUCAUGAAACCUACCCAUGUCAUUGUGGAGACCAUGAUGUGAGGUCCUGGCCACAGGACGGGACGGCCGCUUUCCUGCUGUUUACUAACGUUAGAUCUCAUAGGACCAGGUUUACAGAGCUUUAUAUUUGCACUAGGUUUUUUUUUAUUGUCACAGAAAACAUUACUGUGUGUGUGUUUAUGUGUGUGUGUACAUGCACGUGUGUGUGCACGUGUGUGUGUAUGUGUGUGUGUACUGUAUGUGUCUAUUUUGUUUUGAUUUGGGGAUAUUUUGUACAAAAAGAAAACCCAUGGGCUGAUGUCCUGGGGAGAGGUUGUGCUUUCAUACUGAAUUAGAUGUAUUUUAUGGGAACUUGGUAAAUUUUUUCUUUGUAUUUUUUUUUACAUAUAAUUAUAUAUACUUAUAGAUUGUCAUAUGCUUACCACUUGAAUUGAUCUUGCCAGCAAUAGAUCUCUUCUUCAAAAGCAAUUCUUCGGUGCUUAGACAGCUGGCAGAAAAUUCUGCCCUAAAAGAAGAAAAUUAAAAAGCUGGGUGGGAUUUUCCUACAAUGGCAGAUGCAUGUUAAAGGUGUGGUUCCUUCUGAAGCUGGUUCAGGUGGAAGAUGCAGCAGACGGAGGGGCUGCUAGCUGAACAGGCCCAGGCAGUGGGAAAGAGCAGAGCUGCGGGAAUACUACUCACUCUUUGUUUCAGCCAACCAGAGAAAUGCCAAAAUAUUAACCCAACCCCUAAGCCCUCAGCAUGAAGGUAGGGAUUUUUUUUUUUUUUUUUUUUUGAGACAGGAUCUCUAGCCUGGGCUGCUCUGGAAUUCACUGUAGCCCCCAGGUUAGCCUCAAACUCAAAAUAAUCCUCCUACUUCAGCCUCCUGAGUGCUGGGAUUAAAGCCUGGUUUAAAGAUAGGAUUCUAAGAGGACCUGAAACCAUUGCACCAGGGUCAAAAUCUCGCCUUUUUUUUUGUGAUGGAAGAUGGAUAGUUAAUAGGACUAUCAGAACCAGAUCUUAGAGGGAGCAGGCAGGAAUGGGGCUCUUGUCUGAGAGCCCUCAUGAGGCCUUGGGCCAGCUCACAGAACAGCUGGGGUUCCAGGGAUCAGAAUGGGUCAGUUGCAUUUGCAUGGAGUCAUUGUGGGGCUCUGGUCUUCCCCAAGUGUGAUGCAUCUGGUGAGGGCCAUGCUGGAGGCCAAUGGACCAAACAAUGCCACAAGGGCAGGUAUACCACAGACGGGCAGUGUACCUCGGGAAAAGCACAUUCCUUCUUGCCUUUCCGCCCUCAAGUCUUGUCCACAUCGCCCAGCUGCCAAGCUCCUCCUGUAAGCUCUUGUUUUCAAACAAGGAGCGCCGAGAGUGGCUCUUGAGGCCGGGUCUUGGAUUUGAGUUCAGGCAUGGCAGUAGUGGCCUGGGACUCACUGAGCCCUUCCUUUCCAAGCCCCCGCAGUAGCUGUGGGAAGGCAGUCUCACCAUAGGGACUGAGGAGGGAAGGAGGGCUGCGGGUUGGACUGUCACCCAGGCUAGUACCCAGGAACUAGCUGACCCCCACAGCUUAGGCCGGGCUGAGAUUCUCCUCUGAGCCAGCAGAGGGCGCUACACCUUUACAGUGCGAGGGCGGCAGUACCUCCCCUCCCAGGCCCCCUUGGGCCAGCCUGUGCCGCCCGGAACAGUUCUUUCUGAAAUCAGAGUAGAUGUGAAACAGCCUUGUCACUCACAAAGCCAGGGGCUGGCUUCAGGGUUGUGGAGAGUGGAGUCUGCUUAGCUGUUCAGAGCUGGGGUAUUCAGAAUCCUGGAAUCACCCCCUCCCCAGAUCUGAGAUUUUUUUAGGGGGAGCUUUGGUGCCCCCCCAUCCAAAGGGGAAGUUCUGGACCUCUUGUCUUUGACAAGUGUGCACAUUUUUCUGUCUCCAAAGCAAUGUACUCUGCCAAGCAGCCCUUUCUCCCCUCAGCAAUUGAUGAUUGUUGAUUCAGCCAUCCACAAUUCUACCAUGUUCCUGUCGUUCUGUGUACUUCAGGUCGCGGCCGUGUCUUGUUUGAGUGCUGUUGAUCCCCCCACUCCCAACCCCUCCUUCCCCAGUCUUACCAAGCAGCAAUGUGACCUGUUUUUCUUUUGUCUUAUGGAGCCUUAGUACAUAACCACUGUUGAUGAUUAAAGGCUGGUGACGUGUGCGGGAGAGGGGCUUGGCCACCUGCGUGUUUGUGGUUGGUCAUUUCAGUCUACGUUUCCCCUCUGUGGGCAUGCGCCCUACAUGGUGGGUGAGGCUUUAGUAUUUUGGGAUGUCAGACACAUGGAACAUUCUAGAAAUAGCCUGAGGAAGGCCUCUUUUCAUGAUCCCCAGACCAAAUUACAGACCAAAGACUCACGCAGACCAAGUCCCCAGCCCCACCUGGGUGGAAGGCCAGCCACUUCCCCAAGCCAGUUCUCCCAGGCACUUGUCUUUGAUUCCCAUCCCCCCUGCCUCACCCCCAGCCCUGAGUAUCCUGUGUCGUGAUGAUUGUCUUCCCACGUCUUCGCUUCAGUGACAUUUUGAAUUAGAGCUCGUGACUCUGGUCCACCUGUCUCUUGGAGAGGCAGAGCUGUCUGCCCACCCCAUUCCCGGGAUGGGUCAGAAAUUCUGACACCCUCAUGGAACCCAAACUGUUCGAUCUGGACAAGAAGUGAGGGAGAUGAGGACAUGACGUGAUGGGAUCUGGAGGAGUCCCCAGGGAGAUUCAUUGUUCAUGGGCUGGGUGAGCCACACAUGGAAGAUUCCUGCUGGGCAGCAAGGGAAAGCAGCCGAGGAGCCCCAGUCCAGUGUCCUCACUGUAAACGGGGAAACGGAGGCCUAGAGCAGGGGGACGUCACCACUGUGAACCAGGCAUUAUGAGGCACUUGCCGUUGCACGUUCUUUGAGGUGAGGGCAUCGAGGCCAGCAGGAGCUGGUCUAUGUCCAAGUACGACCCCCAGGCCUUCCCUGAGAAGAGACCGGCCCAAUGACAGAGACACUCAGGGAGAGGCAGGCAGUAGCCCAACCUCAGCCCUCUUGCUCCUGCUUGUGCCAGCCCACCCGUACUCCCAAAGCUUCGAGUAGCUAGGAAUUGAGACCCGUAUGUGCACAGUAGGAAAACUGAGGCCCAGAGAUGCCCCAGGUGUGAGGCCUUGGUCAGGGUGUAAGGUCAGGCUUCUGGUGUCCAUUACAGCUCAAGGCAAACAGGAAGUAGCCCCUCGAGGUGGUCAGUGGACACCCCCCUCUGUCUGUGGUUCAUCAUCUUUGCCCCACCUCCCCAUCACACCCUCAAAGACCAUGGUGGAACCCAAGGUGAGAAUAGAAUACACCCCUCUGCCCAGCACAGGGCCUCAGUGUAUUGCACGGGUAUCAUCGUGGCGGCCGACAGCCCCGCCAGUAUCACCCAGCACCCCAGCCUCACUUCUCUGGAUGAGGAAGUGUCCUGGAUGUAUAGACAGAAACAGAUGCCAGUGCAGGGGUGGAGACAGCUUACUUCCCUCCAGGACAGACAGCAGCCAGGAAGGCUUCUAAGAGAAUGCCCCUCAAGGUCCAACCUCAGUCCUUUGUCCCCACGGACACUGUAAAUACCUCUGUGUGCAAAUCCCCAUCAAGUAUAAAACAAAACCCAGACAUAACAAGGUGGAGAGGGACACCCUGGGUGCUGGAAACAGUGUCUCCCACAUGCCCUCGUUCCUUCACAGACCUCAAAAAAGUUAUCUACAUAGGAAGCUGGUUUCAUUUUUCUUAGUGGGUGUCACUACAGGUGUGUUCUGGCAUAUUCCCUGAAGGCUGGAGCAUCUUGUUAUAUAUCUGGCUUCAAACUGAGAUGGUAGCUACAUUUUUUAAAUCCAAUUAAUCUUUAAUUGUUAACAACUGUGACUAUGUAUUUAGCACAAGAGAAAGCUGAGAAUGUGGGUUUUGCCUCCUUCCAGAAAUGUCUGGGUCAUCAGGACAUUUUUUUAAAACUUCAAAAUAUUUUUAAGAUUUUAAACUUUUAUAAAAAAAAAAAAAAAGAAAAGAAAAAGAAAACAAAAAACAAAACAGAACAACCCAACCUGAAACCAACCAACUAGAGGAAGGACAUAUAUCUACAUUAAUAAGGCCCUUGGUGUGUGAUCUAGUCUUGCAGUUAAAAGCUUCUGUGUAUAAAUGUUUUAUGAAAUGGACCCUUGUAUUUGGCAGGGUUUCCUCCCCUUUUGCUUUUUAGAUGAACUGUAUAUUGAUAUUUUAAAUUCAUCUUUGCUUUUUUUAGAAGUUUGUAAUCUUAUAACCUUAUAACAUGACAAUAAACAUUUCCUUUUUAAAAUCCAA